GGCUAGCUAUGUAGCAUGGUGGCUAGCGCUAGCGUUCCUCUCAAAACAUGUAGCCAGCGAGCCCAGCGCCAGCUGCAAGCCUGUCCGUAGGAAUAUUCACUCAGAGGAGGCCAUGGACAGCUCUGUCACACUCUGGCAGUUCCUGCUGCAGCUCCUACUGGAUCCCAGCAACGACCAGCUUAUCUGCUGGACCAACGAGGACGGAGAGUUCAAGCUCCUGCAGGCCGAGGAGGUGGCCAAACUGUGGGGCGCUCGGAAGAACAAGCCCAGCAUGAACUACGACAAACUCAGCCGGGCGCUGCGUUACUACUAUGACAAGAACAUCAUCAAGAAGGUGAAUGGGCAGAAGUUUGUGUACCGCUUUGUGUCCUACCCUGACAUUCUGAAGGGUGACACUGUGGCCCGAAUGGAUGGGUCUGGUGAGGGGUCUGCCGUGAGCACCGUUGCCCUCCCAGACAAACUCACCGGCACCCAGCGGGACAAAGACCUGCGGCCAACCAGGGAGAGGGGCCUUGGGGCUCCCAGCCAGUCCAAACCCUCCAGCCGGAACGACUACAUCCACUCAGGUCUGUACACGUCCUUCACCUUGACCUCGUUGCAGGCAGGAACUCAGCUCUUCAAGUCCAUCAAGAUGGAAAACCCCGGCGAGAAGCUGGCAGACAAGAAGGCGGCCCAGGAGCCCGCGCAGCCGCCCUCCGUCAUCAAAUUUGGGACCCCUCCCCCGAGCAGGCCAGCCACGGCGGAGAAGACGAGCCUGCCCAUGCACCCGCUCCAGGUCCCGCCCCCGACAUCCGAGAGCAAGCAGCUGACCGCUCUGCCCGCACCUGGCCAGCUGGAGGAGAGCCCUGCCGCAGAGGAGGUCCGGCCAGGCCCCGCCCACUCGGGGAUGUCCCCUGCUCUGGUGUGCCGUUCGCCCUCCCCCUGCACACUGGCCGACUCCCAAGAGCUGGUAAUUGACACUGACAUGGAGUCCAUCUGCUCCCAGCCCUCAGAGUUCCAGCUGCAGUUUCAUCCCUCCUCCGAGUCCGACGACACCAUCCGAACCUCAGAGUCCGGGGGUUCCGAGGUGUCCCUGUCGCCGGGCCGCAGUCAGAGUGGCAAGUCGAAGAAGCCAAAAGGCCUGGAGCUGAUGCCCACGCUGCUAGUGACCAGCUCAGAUCUCAGCCCCCUCAACCUGUCUAGCCCAUCGCUCCCCACAGCCUCCCUCACACCAGCCUUCCUGCAGACUCCCCUGCUGCUCACGCCGAGUCCUCUGCUGUCGAACAUCCACUUCUGGAGCACGCUCAGUCCGGUGGCGCCGCUCAGCCCCGCCCGCCGGCAGGGUGCACACACACUCUUUCAGUUCCCCUCCGUCCUGAGCUCCACCCAGUUCUCCAUGCCAGUUCACAGUGUAGACGGUACCAGUACACCAGGACUCUCUCUCCCGACCCACAGAAGACAUAGAGGGACCGCUGCAGUCGCUGGGUGUGCCUUUGCACAAGUGCUCAUCGUUCCCACUCCCAACUCUUAGUGUUCAAGAUGCAGACCAAUCUUCAGGCUGAUGACCAAUCCUGCCCCUCUACAGACAGAGGACAGGUAUUCAGGACACGUGUGUGGGUAGUCAGUUUAGCUUCUUGACUUCUUGUCACAACUGGAAGAGUGAUUGUUUUUACAGCGUUCUCUUUGCGUAAAUGGACAUCAAGCCAUGAAAGUGUGUGUGUGUGUGUGUCAGUCGGACACAGGCUUCCCAAAGUAUUACCGUUAACUUCUCUGUCUCUUUUGGAGUGCCGGCCCAGCGAGGGCAGUGACUACGGCGACUGAUCCUGGGCUGAAAACAAACGCUGUGUGUUGGGUUUUGGUUUUUCUCCUAUCGAGUGGCUCAGGAUCUGGAUGGAGUUUCCACGUUGUGGAAUAUUGGUUGAAAGGAGGUCUUUUUUAUGUAUCGUGAUUCUCACAUGGCAUGGGAAUCGUCUUCUGUUUUGACUAGUUUUACAUUAUGGUUAGGGUUAUUAGGGUUAUGUCACAGUGCAGAACUAGCCAACAUCCAUAAUGUCCUACCUUGUCUAGCUACUUUACCCUUUCUGUAUGCCUGUGGGAGAGUCUGUCCUUAACAAGCCAACCCUUUCCUUCCUUGCCUUCUUAGGGUGAAGUGACCUGCCAGGUUUGAACAAACUGACGUUGCACCAGUUGCCAUAUAUACACACACACACGCACCUUGACGUUACUGCCACAGUGCUUAGAUCAGCCACAAAAUGACGCACUUAGACACAAAAUAGCUGCACUAGUGAUGUCUCGAGGACACACGGAUCUCUUUGGGAUGCCCAGAGGUUCGAGGGUUUAGCUGUGAGGUGAGAGACCACGUAGACUAAAUGUUUGGAUGCUUAUUUUUAUACCUUAAAGAAGUGCUUUCAGGACUGUUUAAAUGGAAUAAAUAGGAGUCGUGAUAUUUUUCAGGAAAUAAAUUCAUACGUUUCGCCAACUAGAUGAAUGUGGGCGUCAUGCAUCAAUAAAUGAAUAGAAGACCUUCUAGAGGAUAGUAGGCAAACAUCAUCACUUAGAAUACUUCUGAAAAAGCUGUUGGCCGUUUCAUCUCUAUGGAAGUAAAACAGGCAGAAACCGAAACUUCUAAACGAAUACGUUUGAACUGUAAAAUACCCAGAUGUGUAUUACUUUUAUGUGGUGCUUUUCAAAUAACACAUUUUAAAAAAGGAUGCUAAUUUUCAGCAAAAUUGUCUUUGUAUAGAUUCAGCAAAGCUUAAUGUGCUGUUCUGUUUGUUUGUUGUUUUUUUUGUCUUCUAAUGGUUAAGAUGGCAUAUACCAUUUAUAAUACUCGGGAGUAUGAUCAAAUAUAGGACUCUUCAUAUCUGGUUGUUGCACAAUGCAGAACCCUACCUCUGACACUGUUAAAUUAUGAUCUCUGCAAGCCAUGAUAUACAGCUGACAGCACUUACUUAGAAAUGCAGAACUGGAGAAGGGCUUCACAGAGCCUGACGGGACGUGUUCCUUGGUGGAUGACGCCAGCAGUCCGCACGUGGGGCACAGCUCACCACGCUGGCAGCUUAUGCGGUCCAGUGUGAAGUGUCGGACGCAGGAAAGUAAAAGGUCGAGUUGCAAUUACGUGGAAACAUCUCAAAAUUAGUCUCAGGUGUUUUAAAUGCUUUCCCAUUGCACAUAGUUAAGCAAAGCUUUUCUCUUCAGGUUAGGGAUUUCUGGAACUACCUUUCCAGUAAUAUUUUGUUAAUGUGCUUAAAUGCAAAAUUGCAUUGUUCAUUAAGUAAUAACUUAAUUUUACUUUACCAGGCACUUUUCAUACAGCUCGAAGUGCUGUUCAGGUGUGGAAGAAGAAACAUCACAAAGCGUGGUUAGAGAAAUCAGGAAUAUUACAACGCUAAAUCAGUAAAACAGAAGAAAAUGAAGAUAAAGAAACAAAUAGUAAAAUAAAUAAAGCAAAAAAACAUUCAAAGUUAUUCCUUUUGAAAAUGUUUAAGCCAUUUAAGAGGGCACAUAUGCAAAGGAAGUGAGUUUUGGUUUGUCUUGGACUUAUGUGAAUAUUCUGUAUAUUCUAUAAGUGUGGAACUCCAAACCAUGCCAACAUGGUGCCUUACUGAAUCAGUUCUCUGCUGCCAAAUAGGAUGAGUGAUGGGAGCUCUGUGGCCUCGGUCUUGGUCUCUGCUGCUUGGGAGAGCUAUGAUCCUUAAAAAUGACUAGAACUUGGAUAUGAAACAGGAAUAUGAUCAUGAACUACAUGAACUGGUUUGCAAGUUUUGUAAGAGCUGAUUGUUGGCGAAUUUAUAGUUCAGUGUUUCUUACGCUUAAGGAUCUACCCAGUGUCACAGGGUACUAAAAUGUCAUUCUUUGAAAAUGAUUAUUACAAAUGCUUCUCAUUCUUUGUUUACCUGAGGGAAAUUUAUGACCACUUUUUCCUCAAAAAAUUCAGUUUAAUUAUUGAAAUUGUUUAAAAACCAAGUCACAGGAUGUUCUGUGGAGAGCAUGUGUUGGAUUGGUUGUUCUAAUAUUGAUCUAUGGUGAUUUUUGGUAACUCGUACAACUGCUGGCCCACUCUUCUCCGGACAUCUAAUUAUUAAAUGUAAGAGACUUCCAGAAGCAUUCCCAGAGGUCUGUGUCUGGACCACGAUGCAGGACAGAGGUUCCUCUUGCGGUUGGCAUGUUGCUCAGUGCCGUGUGAACUUUGAUAGUUUUGGGUAUGUGGGUGUAUGUGAGUGAGAUGUGUAGUGGUUGAAUUAUUGGGGUGGUUUGUUUGGUUUGCCCAUGCAUUCCCUUUUGCUAACUGCUCAACUAGCACCUGUACUUGGUCACUGAAAUGCCGCAUCCAUCUUAAAAUACAAAACAAAAGUAACAUCAUUUUCUGUGCAAGUUUUUCCAUUUUGAAAUGGACGUUCAUUUGCUUUGUAAUCUUGACUGUAAAUAUUGCAGUUGUAUGUGUUCGGUUAGUGGUGCCCACGGGUUCCUUCCCCUGUAAUGUAACUGACCUCUAGCAAUGCCAAACGUCAUGAAACAAGGCCUUUGUGUGUGUGUGUGUGUGUGUGUGUGUGUGUGUGUGUGUGGAGCUUAUGAAUGAAUAAUUUCGGUGUUGACCUUUUCCUCUAAUAGCACUUAGAGUUUUUGCUCCUUAUUCAGAAUAUCAGCUUAUUCAAUACUUAAGACUGGAUACCUCCAUUUCCCUCCUAGAAAAUGUUAGGAAUCUAUGCAUUUAGUACUUUUACUGCAAAGCUAAAUAACUUUAUCCUUUUAUACAUAUUUACUAGAUGAGGUGUUUUUCUUUUUUUUUCUUUUCUCAAAAUUGAUUUUAGUCAGGCCAUAAGAUAUCUCUAUUCUUCUAAGAAUUAAAUUUUAUUCUUAAGUCAGUGAGUGCCCUUGAUUUUACUGCAGUUUGUUGGGUGGGAAAAGUAAACUAACACAUUACUGCCCCCUGUUGGAUACACAAUUUUAAAUGUAGUUUUUUAAUAACACUACCUAAAGGUAGGAAGAAGUGUAAACAUAUCGGUUUAGAAGAGAUUUCCGAACACUGUUCAGUCUCUGAAGAGGUCUUAAUAAAAAGGUACAGAAGGUACAUCAUUUGACACGUGCUUUUUUCUAUUCUAUGGGUUGUCUGAUUGUCUUUUCAAUGUGUGACUAGAAGCUCAAAUGUUUACAAACUGUUGAUUACCAUAUCUAUUGUACUUAUUGUAAAUGUGGAGGACAAAGAGGGUAAAUAUUAAA